CCUCUAUGCUGGAGAGCCUGAGGCUGACCGGGGUGACUCUUGGCUACUUCGAGAGCGUGUCAUCCACUCCUUUCGCAGUCAAGUUUGCUGUCCUCUUUAACAUCGCAAUUUAUACAUAUCUGGGUUCCAUUACUUGCCAUGGUCAUCACUCCACAAACCGCCCCUGUUGCUCGCGCCAUCCAUGAUCGCACACGGUGCCAACCUGUCUCCAGCGGUACGACUCUCUGUAUAGGAGACAUCGUUACAUUCAUCGUCAUCGGUAUUGUUUUUAUCCUCGCACUCUCGUGUAUUUUCUGGAUAUGGCGGAUAUUUCAUCGUCAUGCGAUCGCUGAUCAGGAGCAAGUUUCAUCCAAUCGCGAUCCCUACAACGUGGUCUCAUCUUCGCUGGAUAACUCUGUUCUCGUGAGAAAGGAUAUCGUGCGCGAACCGUGCAAGCCGAUGCAAGCCAAAACAGCUGGACCCGACGUCUUUUGGUCACCGCAGGCCCAAUUGCCCGAACUCAAGUUUCAUCUCGAUCCUCUACCCGCUAUGGAAGAAAUGACAGACAUGAGAAACAACUUUUCUAUUCGCCCAUUUUCCUGCCACUUUCCAUCGUCACCCUCUCCCCGUUCCAGCUUGGUAUGUUCGAACCCGUCUCUGUUGCGGUCACGGUCCUUUGGGAGUACUACGCAGAGCAGCAGCCCGAAGUUCAGCGUGUUAUCAGAUGGUGCCUGUCCUGAAAGCGGUGGCAAAAUCUUGCUUGGCGAAGGGGUUCUAGCUGUACCCGUGACAGAUAGAGUGUGAAAUUCGCAUAAGGGUCCUGAACUUGUGGAUGACGGACGCGGGUCGGGUCGGUUGCUGUGUGGAGCUA